AUGGUGGCCGCAAAGAAGACGAAGAAGUCCACGGACAACAUCAACAACAAGCUGCAGCUUGUGAUGAAGAGCGGCAAGUACACGCUCGGCUACAAGACUGUCCUCAGGACCCUCAGGAACUCCAAGUCAAAGCUAGUGAUCAUUGCUAACAACUGCCCUCCGCUCCGGAAGUCUGAAAUUGAGUACUAUGCUAUGCUGGCUAAGGUCACAGUUCACCACUUCCAUGGAAACAAUGUUGACCUGGGAACAGCCUGUGGAAAAUACUUCCGUGUCUGCUGCCUCAGUAUUAUUGAUCCUGGUGAUUCUGAUAUCAUCAAGACUACGCCGGGUGAGCAGUAA